UGCUGUCAUCGACAUAAACAAAAACACGUGCGCUACAGUUACAAUGAAAAUGACUGAAGAGAAACCGAAAUUAAAUUCAAAACUGGUUGAUUCGAACAUUUUCGAUUUGUUUAAGCCCUUAAACAGUGAUGAUCCGAAUGUUACCAUCGAUGGCAGUGUUGAAUUGUUGAAAUAUUUCGCCAAAACCGAUGAUUCGACGGAACAACGUCGUUACGGCUUGAAGCGAAUCAUCCGUGGUCUGGGUGCAUCAACAUGUUCAUCGAAGACCGUCUUCUUCCGGACACUGGUCGGCAUUCUAAUGCAACCGUCAUGUGCCGCAUUGAGUGUUGACGAAUUGGUUCAAGUGAUGGAGAAGGAGUUGAAGCUUGGCAAGGAAAUCAAAAAUAAGGAAGAUUCUGAUGCCUUGAUUGGUCACAUUUUGCUAUGCGGAUCGCUGAUACGAUCGAACAAAUUGGAUUCGGGUACUGACGAUGACCUGUCGAAAUGCGUUCAAUUGCUAACUGCAGCAUCGCAUCAUAAACUAGUUCACUCGUCAAUGGCAUUCACCUUUUUAAUUGAAUUACUGUCCAAGUCGCCUCCCGAACGUUUCAAGUCGAUAGUGUGGCCGAUCGUAGCAAAGCAACUACAACGCCCGUGGGAACGACAGAACAUCAACACAGUUCACUUUCUAUUGGCCAUACAUGCCAAAUAUCCGGAAUUGCUCGAUGCAGACUACCUGCUUUCAUCACUGCAAACACCUGAAAUUCUGUCACCUCUGUCUUACAAGCAUUUGGGUCGUAUGUUCUGGGGCAACACCACAAUGAAUGCGGUCACACAUCCCGCAUACGAUGAGCUAUCGCAGUUCUUGUGCCAAUCCAACUCCAGCCAAUUGGUGAAGUUUUGGCGUAGCGAAGUGAAUGAGUGCCUGGCGGCACCGAGUAAAUUGAAGGAAAUUGUGACGGUGAAAAUUCUGAAGGAUUUGUUCAACAGCAGACAAUUCAAAACGAAAACGCUGCUUAAGCUGCUGACCGAUCGUUUCAUCAAAAUGAUUGUCGCGUCACUGAAAAAUGUCAAACAAAUGAAGAAGGGCAGUUACUUGGUGUACUAUUAUGACGAAUUCUUCGAAGCGAUUGACAAGCAUUUGGCACAAGCAACCGACGACGAUGAGAAAAUUGAAUUGAUCACCAGAUUCAUAUUGCAUCCGGGUGCGUUGACCAUUGAAAAGUACACGUCAAAGAACAUCGUCCAUCAAAUGAUCCAGAAUUUGGGCAGUGCUGGAGUCGUACGCAUGACCGAAAUCUACCAGACAAUUUUCAUCGGCAAAUUGGCAAAGGAUCCGACCGAUUCAACGGUGCAGUGGCUGAAUGUAGAAAGACAGCAUGCCGUUCAGAUGAUGCAAUUUCUUGUCGGACUUAAGGUUGUGCAAUCCGAAAUCGCUUGGCGAAUUGAACAAACGAAAUUUCUUGCCGGCGUCAGUUUGUUUUACAUGUCGACAGAGGGUAAGCCAACGACCGACAAAAAGGAUAGCAGCCUUAUCACCAAGGAUCUGUGGAUGAACGUGAAAAAUAUUUUCUACCUGGGUCUGCAGACCAAAUUGCCCAAUUUGGAAGACCAGCACGAAAUGUUGCUGUCAGUCGUUCAGUUCUGCAACGAAAUUCUAUCGAAAAAGGGACGCGACAAAUAUUUGCGAGAACCGAUAACCAGCGAGGCAAUAGAAUCGUGGAAGAAAAUGUUUGAGUUCGUCGCCACACCGCUGAACGGAUCGAACAAACUGGACAAAAAAUUGGAUUUGAUAUUUCGCAUCAUGUUCAUGUUCAUGGGACUGCAAUUGUUUCGUGAACAGGAAAUGGCUCAGUUAGCCAUCGUCGAUUUGGAAAAGUGUAUGGAGAAUAUCAAUCAAAAGAAAAUCACCGCCAAACGGUCCAAAAAAAUCGCCGAAGAUGAGCCGCAAUGGAUUGAGGUCGUUGUGGACAUCUUUUUGCAUCUGUUGUCAAAGAAUACGAAAUUUUUGAAAUUCGUAGUCAACACGCUGUUCUCACAUCUGUGUCCGUCUCUCACAUUGACCGCAGUCAAUCAAAUUUUAUCGGUUCUGGACAUGAGCAUCGCUAAUCCGUUGAGCAACGAAGAGGACGAAGAUAGCGAGGAUGAUGAAGAGGAGGAAAAUGAUGGAAAAGCUGAUGAUAGUGCAGCCGAAGAUGAAAGUGAGGAUGACGAGGAAAGUGCGGAGGGAGAGGAAGACGACGACGAUGAUGACAUGGAUGAUGAUGAAGGUACAGCCGCUGAUCAUUUGCGUAACGCUCUUUCAUCCGUUCUUGGUAUACCAUCGGACACCGAAUCAGUGGAUCUGGAUGAUAUGACCGAAGAAGAGGCAGCACGCUUAGACAAAGGUCUAUCGGCUGUGUUUCAAUCAAUGAAAAAGUCGAACCCGAAGAAAAAGUCGAAAAAAGAACGAAUCGUUGCCACGACCGUUAUGCACUUCCGCAUCCGAGUACUGGAUCUCGUCGAGAGUUAUUUAAAAACGGCACCGUCAAUGGAAGUCUGUCUGGAAAUUAUGCUGGCAUUAUUCGGUAUGGUUGAGCUGAGUGUGGACGGUGAACUGAAGCCGUUGUACGAUCGAAUUGACAAAGUGCUGGCAAAACUAUUGAGUUUGAGACAGUUCCACAGCGUUGCCAAUGUUGAAGAAGAUCAUCUCUGCAAGAUUCUCGAUGGAUUGAUGGAACGGAAGGUAAACCCAGCGGUUGUCGAAAUUUUCAACAAAUUGCUGUCGAAGAGUGUCGCCUUCAUUGUUAGCAAUCUUCACUUGGUGGCCAAACAAAAUGGGACAGUUUUGGCUGCGAUAACGACAUACGCAACCACAUUCCUGGACACACGCGGCCCAAAAAUGAGUUUUGUUUUGCUGAAAGACCUUUUCCAACUACGUUGGAUCGGCAUAUGGUCGAUUGGUGUGUCGAUGGCCGAGCACGGUUUCGAUUCAACGAAUCAAAAUAUUCGUCCACUACGGCGAAUGCAACUGUUCGAAUUGCUCGGUCAAUUGUACAAAAAUCAUGGAUUUAUCAAACAGAAUUCGGACUCGAUUGGCAAGUGGAGUCGAAAGAUUGUUGGUCGGGUGGUCAAAUAUGUGGAUGCUAUGCAACAAAUGGACAAAGUUCAACCGAAGGAAUUUCUGGCACUGACCACUCUGUUAUGCGAAGUCCACAAAGGUAGUCGAAACGUGGACAUUCUGAAAUUGAACGAUAAAAUCGACUGGAAGGGCAUCGGCGACAAAGUCCAGAAUAUUCGUCAGAAAAUCGUUUUGCUAUCGUUAGACUCGUACCAAAUGUUUUGCCGACAAAACGGCAUGAAAGUGUUGAAAAAAUCGGAUGUACAAAUCGUCGCCGAUAGAAACGGACACAGCAACGGUGUCACAACAACAGACGACCAUCCGGUCGGCAAUAAGAAGCAGAAACGAAAACUAGCGAAAAGUUCAGCCGACAAUGAUGAGGAGGAAACUGCGAAAAUGAAUAAGAAACAGAAAAAGCUGAGCAAAGAGGAACGUUUGAGGAUAGCAUCGGAGGGUUUCAACGGAAUUUCAUUCGCAUCGGUUUCGGUCGAUGAUGUCGAGGUCGAAUAGUGGAAUUUGUAACGAUUGUACAAUAAAUAAGAUGAUGAAAGCAAAUUGAUAAGA